AUGGUUAUGUUGUCAAAGAUUGCCAACGAUACCAUCCUUGACAAUUUGAAGAAGAGAUAUGGUGCCGAUGUUAUUUAUACAUACAUUGGUAAUGUGUUGAUCUCAGUCAACCCAUUCAAACAGAUCAAGAACUUGUACUCUGAGCGAAACUUGUUGGAGUAUAGAGGCAAGUUCAGAUAUGAGUUGGCACCACAUGUAUAUGCUGUGGCCGAUGACAUGUACAGGAACAUGUAUGCUGAGGGUCAGAGCCAGUGUGUUAUUAUCUCUGGUGAGUCUGGCGCUGGAAAGACCGAGGCCGCCAAGUUGAUCAUGCAGUACAUUGCUGCGGUCAGUGGCAAAGGUGUCGAUGUAUCUCGUGUCAAGGACGUCAUUCUCGAGUCCAACCCUCUCCUCGAGGCCUUUGGUAAUGCCAAGACCUUGAGAAACAAUAACUCAUCCCGUUUCGGAAAGUACAUGGAGGUACAGUUCGACGGCAAGGGUGAUCCAAUUGGAGGAAGAGUAACCAAUUAUUUAUUAGAGAAAUCUCGUGUAGUCUAUCAAACCAAGGGAGAAAGAAACUUCCACAUCUUCUACCAGUUGCUGUCUGGUGCCAGCGCUCAGAUGAAGAAUGAGCUCAGAUUAGAGUCACCUGACAAGUACCAAUAUCUUGCAUCAAGUGGAUGCUACAGUGUCGAUGGUGUCGACGACAAUCAAGAGUUCCAGGACGUCUUGAAGGCCAUGAAGGUCAUUGGUGUCACUGAUCAUGAGCAGAAGGAGGUCUUUAGACUCGUGGCCGCUGUUCUCAACCUUGGCAACGUUGGAUUCAAGAACAACAACAAGGAUGAGGCUCAAAUCGACCAGGCAACUAGAAAGCCAUUGGAGACCUUUGCAUUCUUGAUGCAGACUGAUGUACAAUCAUGUGAGAAGGCACUCUGCUACAGGACUAUCUCGACAGGUACUCAGGGAAGAAGUGCCCGUGUCAGUACUUAUGCAUGCCCACAGAAUGCUGAGGGAGCAUACUACAGCAGGGACGCACUUGCCAAGGCCCUCUACAGUCGUCUCUUUGACUGGAUCGUCUCCAAGGUCAACGUGGCGCUGGGCUACAAGGGUAACUCCCAAUCGCUGAUGAUUGGUAUCUUGGACAUCUACGGCUUUGAGAUCUUUGAGAAGAAUGGCUUCGAGCAGAUGGUCAUCAACUACGUCAACGAGCGUCUGCAGCAGAUCUUCAUUGAGCUGACGCUCAAGACCGAGCAGGAGGAGUACUUCUCCGAGGGCAUCCAGUGGGAGCAGAUCGACUACUUCAACAACAAGAUCUGCUGUGACCUGAUCGACGCCAAGAAGCCCGCCGGUAUCCUUACGCAGCUGGAUGACGUGUGCAACUUCCCCAAGGGAGACGACGAGAAGUUCCUCCAAAAGAUGAAUGAGGCCUUUAGCGGCCACGCCCAUUAUGCUUCGUCGCAGCAGGCGUCGCGCAACUUCACCAUCAAGCAUUAUGCCGGUGAUGUCGAGUACUGUACCGAGGGCUUUGUCGACAAGAACAAGGACCUGCUUUUCAACGAUCUUGUAGAGUUGGCCGCAUGCACACAGAGCACCCUUAUCCCACAGCUCUUCCCAGAGAUCAACUCGGCCAAGGACAAGAAGAAGCCCACCACCGCCGGUUUCAAGAUCAAGGAGUCAAUCGGUGCUCUGGUCACUGCCCUGUCGGCCUGCACACCCCAUUACAUUCGUUGCAUCAAGCCCAACGGAAACAAGCGCGCCAACGACUUUGACACAUCGCUCGUGAUGCAUCAGGUCAAGUACCUGGGUCUGCUCGAGAACGUGCGUAUCAGACGUGCCGGUUACGCCUACCGUCAGACCUACGACAAGUUCUUCUACCGCUACAGAGUGGUCUGCAAGGAGACCUGGCCUAAGUGGACGGGAGGCUUUGAGGCCGGCCUGCGAGGCCAUCCUCAAGUCCAUGGACAUUGA